AUGGAGGGAGACCAUGUUCCGACAGAAGGACGGUCACGAACAGAAGAUGUCCAGAAUGAAGGGGAAAGUUUUGACAUUCAAGCUCAGUCCACAGGGCAAGAACCAACACCUCCUUCUGGAGGUCUUGUGCUUGGGGGAGGACAAAGCAUCAAGCUGAUGCUGGUGCCCGACACACCUCCCCCUGCUCCUGCACCACCCCCUACGAAGAUAGGAAAGCCUCACCCUCAGCAGAAAAUGAAGAAAUUCUGGACCAAUUUUGAUCCCGAGUAUGUUGGGAAGGUGACGCGAGUUCUACCAGAGCGCAUUGCAGAUAGGAGUCUCCUACGGACCAAAUUAGAAGGGGAGACAGCCCACCGGGCAGUUCUAUCAUACGACAACGCAAAGGAGAAUUGCAUACGAGAUGUCAAACGCAUUAUCCGAGAAUGUCGAGAUUCCAAUCAAAAGUACACUGAUACACACUGGGAUAUUGAGCGAGAUCUCAAGAUCACGAGGAUCAGAGACUGCUUGGAUGGGCUUACUGUUGAAGAUGACGAGAAAGAAUAUCCAGCUGAUGCAAAGCGAGUUUCUGACAUCUUCGAAGAGCCACAAUUCUAUGUUGGCAAAGCGUCAUUUGAUGAUAUCCUCCAAGGCUCCGUGGGGGAUUGUUGGUUUCUUGCUGCCCUCUCUGCCUUGAGUUGCAAUCCACAUUUCAUCGAGCGAGUGUGCGUGUAUCAAGAUCAAACGGUUGGAGUCUACGGAUUUGUUUUUCAUCGUGACGGCGAAUGGCAUCAAUGUAUUAUCGAUGAUAAACUGUUCCUGCGUGCACCUGCAUACGAUGAGAGCGGUGAUGUUGUUCUCGGCCAAUACGGUGUUCGUCGUGCAAAUCAAGAAGGCCAAUACCAAGAGCUCUUUCAGCGAGGUUCUCAAGCCUUAUACUUCGCACAAUGCCGCAACCAAAAUGAGACAUGGGUGAGUUUACUAGAGAAAGCAUAUGCAAAAGUACAUGGGGAUUAUGCAUCCAUUUCCGGCGGACAAACAGGUGAAGCAAUCGAAGACCUCACUGGAGGGGUGACGACGGAGAUCUACACGAGCAACAUCCUCGAUCUGGAGUACUUCUGGACCAAAGAACUGUCUCGCAACAGCAAAGACUUUGUGUUCAGCUGCGCAGUCGCACGCUGGCGUGAAUGGCGGCCUUACCAUUCGGCCAACGAGAAAGUACGCGAGGAAAGACGGGCUGGAAUCAUCAGCCAACAUGCCUACGCGAUCCUCGACACUUACGAAGGCCACGGACAACGACUCGUCAAGAUUCGCAACCCUUGGGGCCGCAAGGAAUGGACUGGAGCAUGGUCCGACGGUUCGAAGGAGUGGGACUCGGAGUGGAUGACGCGCCUGAACCAUCAGUUCGGGGACGACGGCAUUUUCUGGAUGACGUACAAGGAUAUGGUGAGCAAGUACAAGUAUAUCGACCGGACGAGGAUCUUCGGGCCUGAAUGGCACGUCGCACAGCAAUGGAUGACAGUGCAAGUGCCUUGGAGCACACUUGACUACCAAACCAACCACUUCUCCAUUGAUGUGCCGAAGGACACCGAGGCAGUGAUCGUCCUCUCCCAACUGGAUGACCGAUACUUCAAGGGCCUUCAAGGGAAGUAUAACUUCACGCUUCAAUUCCGCGUGCAAAAAGAGGAUGAAGACGAAGACGAAUACAUUGCCAGAAGCAAGAUGAACUACGAGCUCGUCCGGUCUGUCAACGUCGAAGUCCCACUCCAAAAGGGAAUUUAUACUGUCCUGGUCAAGGUCGAAGCCUUCGCCAGCGGACGAGAAGACGUCGAGACGGUGAUACGGAACAACAUCAACCGCCGCGACAAAAUCACCCAGAUCGGCAAGUUGUACGACCUAGCUCACCAAAAGGGCCAACUACCAGGCUCCUCAUCCCCAUCAUCCACCACAUCGACCUCAACCUCUCCCUCAGGCAGCUCAACGCCAACCUCGAGCACCUCAAAGACACCAGCGCCCGCACCCGCAGCAUCCACAACCGACAGGGCAUCAUCACCCAACGACAACGACGACGAUAAGGAAAAAGACCCAGCUCGCAACCCAUGGAACGCCAGCUGCAUCGUCGGGCUGAGGGUGUACAGCAAGCAAGCCGACCUGGGCCUGAAAGUCGUGGUCCCCAGGAAUGACACCGACAACAUCCUGCCGCCGACGCUGGACCGCGACGACGUCGCCAAGAGCGCCCUGGAUGAGAUCCAAGCCGCAGCGGCGGAGAAGACGGAUGAAGAGCGAGAGCAGGAGGAGAAAGAAUGUGGCAAUGCCGAUGCUAACGGUGAUGAUGUAAAAGACACGACCGCCGAGCCAAAUCCUGACGCUAAACCCAGUGGUGAUGAGCACUCCUCCGUCUCUGUCCCCAACGUUACAAGCGAGAAAGAAGAAGACUCGACUCAGAAUGAGAACGAGAACCAGAACCAGAACCAGCCAGCUUAG